UGUGCAAAAUUGUCAUUUUAAAUGUUACUAAUUUACCCGAGGGAUAAAUUUAGAAAGUAUCCUCUAAACUAGACUAUUCCGCGUUGCUUGAAGUGGCAAACCCACCAAUCGACGGUUUACAUCCAUUCGAUCGCUGCCGUGACCGCAGGCUAGACAUCUCAUCUCAUCUCAUCUUUCAUUAUUAAUCUCCAUUCCAAGCUAGAGCCAGGCAGGCAGCGACUGAGUGAGUGAUGAGUGAGUGAGAGAUAUAAAUCUCUAUCACUUUCACAUUACUUAUUAAUCGGCAAUGGCCAACACUCGAACCGCACGCACCGGACCAUGCCUCAUCGGACGAUUUGGUUUCACCAUGAAAAUGCUAGCCUUCGGCUUUAGUAUUCUCGUCUUUACCUUCUUAAGUCUCUCCUUUGCCUUCACUUUCCACUCAGAUUCUCACCAUCUUCUGCCCUCGGGUACGUACAGAAUUUCAUCCUUUGGGAGAUCCCUUUUGGGGCAAAAAUCGGAUCCACUGAAGCCUCGAUUGGAUCAGAUCCGAAAGCAAGCGGAUGAUCACCGAGCUUUGGUUAUGGCCUACGCAUCUUAUGCACGGAAGCUAAAGCUGGAGAACUCCAAAUUGGUUAGAAACUUUGCUGAUCUUUCUAGAAAUUUUACGGAUCUCAUCAAUAAACCAUCUUAUCGGGCUCUCACAGAGUCUGACUCCAUCCAAAUCGAUGAAUCCAUACUACGGCAAUUUGAAAAGGAAGUGAAAGAAAGAAUCAAAUUAACUCGCCAGAUAAUAGCAGAAGCUAAAGAGUCCUUUGAUAAUCAGUUGAAGAUUCAGAAACUAAAAGACACUAUUUUUGCAGUGAAUGAACAGUUAACAAAAGCUAAAAAGCAAGGAGCUUUUUCAAGUUUGAUAGCUGCAAAAUCGAUACCUAAGAGUUUGCAUUGUCUGGCUAUGAGGUUGAUGGAGGAGCGAAUUGCACAUCCUGAGAAAUACAAUGAGGAAGGGAAAGCAAGGCCCCCAGAAUUUGAAGACCCUAAGCUUUACCAUUAUGCUAUAUUUUCAGAUAAUGUGCUUGCAGCUUCUGUGGUGGUGAAUUCCGCUGUUAAGAACUCCAGAGAGCCAUCGAAACAUGUGUUUCAUGUAGUUACUGAUAAGAUGAAUCUUGGGGCCAUGCAGGUUAUGUUUAAAUUGAAGGAUUAUAAUGGGGCCCAUAUAGAAGUUAAGGCAGUUGAAGAUUAUAAGUUUUUGAAUUCAUCCUAUGUGCCUGUUUUGAGGCAGUUGGAGUCUGCUAAUUUGCAGAGGUUUUACUUUGAGAACAAGCUCGAGAAUGCAACAAAAGAUACGACAAAUAUGAAAUUUAGAAAUCCCAAGUACUUGUCGAUAUUGAAUCAUUUGAGGUUUUAUUUGCCUGAGAUGUACCCGAAAUUGCAUAGGAUUUUGUUCUUGGAUGAUGAUAUAGUUGUUCAAAGGGACUUAACAGGGUAA